GGUCGCCCGUCUCACACAUCCUUCUCCAGACGGAACGGUUCAGAUCAGGGAGGGCGGCCGGAGACGGACACGGCUCGGCGCAUGGCAAUAGGGAUUCUUGGGAACGGUUUACACUAUGCAAAACAAUUUGAGGGCGCAUUAUCCGUGGGAGAGGCCGAGUUGGCUAUGCUGCGGCGCGUUGGCGCGCCAGAAGACAUCAUGCUCGUCGCGCAGGGCAAUCUUGCGACAACGUAUAACACGCUCGGACGGCACGAGCAGGCCAUACAUAUGUUUCGAGACGUUCAUUUGGGAUAUGCCAGGCUCUUGAACGAGGAAGAUAGAUCCAACAUAAUAGCAGCCCUCGGCCACACGUUUCCCCUUCUCUGUCUACAGCGCUUCGCAGAAGCCAAGGCACUGCUGCAGAAAAUGAUACCCGUUGCGCAACGUGCCCUUGGAGAGAGUGAUGAGCUCACGCUCAGGAUGAGGGCGAGAUACGCGACGGCGCUCUACGGGGACCCCGCCGCCACGCUCGACGAUCUCCGCGAGGCAGUGGCGACGCUCGAGGAGAUCGAACGGACCGCGCGACGCGUGCUCGGCGGCGCGCACCCGCUCACAGAGAUAAUUGAGGACGACUUGCGAAAGUCGCGGGCCGCGCUCCGCGCCCGCGAAACGCCUUCGCCGGGGAGCGCGUAA